AUGCAGCUUCUCUAUUUUCUUGCAGCCCUUGGUGCCGCCGUAAUGGCCACAGCACAGGAAUGUACCUCUGAGGCGGCCCUUAUCCGGAAAGAAUGGAGCGCUCUUUCCGACGAGGAGCGCCUCAACUAUAUCGACGCCCUCUGGUGUCUGCGCGAUAUCCCCUCUGUCCUUCCAAGCGACCAGUUCCCCGGGGUCAAGGACCAUCUGGAUGACUUUGUGGCAACACACAUCAACUAUACCACGGUCAUCCACCGCAACGCCGUCUUCCUCCCCUGGCACCGCCACUACAUCCACCUGUGGGAAACGACUCUGCGCGAGCAAUGCGGGUACAACGGCACUGUGCCCUACUGGGACUGGACCCAAAACACCAACUUCACCACCAACCCCCUCUUCGACACAACCCAAGGCCCCAACACCUCCCUCUCCGGUGACGGCGCAUACAACGCCUCCGAGCAACACCCCAUCGAAUCCCUCCCCCCCUCCGGCCACGGCGGCGGCUGCGUCCUCGACGGCCCCUUCAAAGCCUGGCCCGUAAACAUGGGCCCCUUCUCGCGGCAACAAGCCUACGCCCACGCCGCCCUCCCAGAAACCGCCUACGCCUACAACCCCCGCUGUCUCCAGCGUAAUCUCCAGCCUGCGAUAAUCGAGCACUACAAUAACGCCUCCGUCGUCCAGUCCAUCCUCGCCGCUCCCGGUAUCGAUGGGUUCUUAGAUAUCCUGGAGCCGAGCACCGGCGCACUCGGGGCGCAUGCGGCUGGCCAUAAUGCCGUUGGACCGACUAUGGCUGAUGUGUUUACGUCGCCCCAGGAGCCGAGCUUCAUGUUGCACCAUGCGAUGAUUGACCGGCUUUGGAGUAUUUGGCAGCGCUCUGGGGAGGGAGACUCGGAAAGUUAUGGGGUUUCGAGACUGGAGGUGUUGAAUGGGACGGCUGUCUAUGGAAAUCCGCCCGAGGCGGAGAUUGUGACGCUGGAUACGGUGGUGGAGUUUGGGCCGUUGGAUGGGCCCAGGACGAUUGGGGAGUUGAUGGAUGUGCAGGCUGCGGAGUAUUGUUAUCGGUAUGAUGAGUAG